CCGCAGCCCGGCCGGUCCCGCCGCCUCCGCCCCGCAGAGCGAAACAGAAAGGCCGGGCUUUGCUCCGGCACCCGCCGGCCUUGGCUCCGCCGGCCGCACCUCUGGCAAAGGGCGAAAGGGAAAAGGGAAAAGGGCUGACCCAAGGACCAUUUCAUCCUGCAAAGUCUGCACAGACUUGUUCCUGAGGGGAAACAUGUCUGAGAUUGACUAUGAGAAGUUGGCUGAAAUAGAACUGCAGAAAGAUGAAGCUGAUGACACACAGUCGGGGCAGGAAGAAACAUUUGUGCCCGCACCACCUGAGGAUCCUGAGCUAAACAUCAAUCACCCCUAUUAUGAUGUUGCAAGACAUGGCAUCAUCCAGCUGGCAGGUGAUGACAGCUCUGGAAGGAAGGUGAUCACCUUCAGUUGCUGCCGCAUGCCCCCCUCCCAUCAGCUCAACCACACCAGGUUGCUGGAGUACUUAAAGUAUACCCUGGACCAGUAUGUAGAGAAUGAUUAUACGGUUGUCUACUUCCACUAUGGCCUGAAGAGUCUGAAUAAACCAUCUCUGAAAUGGUUGCAAACAGCCUACAAGGAGUUUGACAGGAAGUAUAAGAAAAACCUUAAAGCACUCUAUGUUGUACAUCCAACCAACUUCAUAAAAAUCCUGUGGAAUAUCUUUAAACCUCUUAUAAGCCAUAAGUUUGGGAAGAAGGUCACCUAUUUGAACUAUUUAAGUGACCUGGCAGAACAUCUCAAAUACGACCAGCUAAAUAUCCCUCAGGAAGUCAUCCGACAUGAUGAAAAUCUUCGGAGGAAACAGAAGGGAAAACUGCCACCUGUGGUUAAGAUUCCUCCACCACGACCACCUCUACCUACCCAGCAAUUUGGAGUCAGCCUGCAAUAUAUCAAGGACAAAAACAAAGGUGAACUAAUCCCCCCAGUAAUGAAGGAAACCAUAUCCUACCUGAAAAGUAAAGGACUGCAAGUAGAGGGCCUCUUCAGAAGGUCAGCCAGCAUCCAGACCAUCAAGGACGUGCAGAAACUCUACAAUCAGGGCAAAUCCGUGAAUUUUGAUGACUAUCAUGAUAUCCACAUUCCUGCUGUUAUCCUGAAGACUUUCCUUAGGGAGCUCCCCCAGCCAUUACUAACGUUUGACUGUUACGAUCAUAUCCUUGGAAUCACCAGUGUGGAGAGCUGUUUGCGAGUCACCAGGUGUAAACAAAUCAUUCAAGGGAUUCCUGAACACAAUUACAUUGUUCUGAAAUACCUGAUGUGCUUCCUCCACAUGGUUUCCCAGGAGAGCAUCUAUAACAGAAUGACAGCAUCCAGCCUGGCCUGUGUCUUUGGCUUGAAUUUGAUCUGGCCCUCGAAAGGAACUGCCUCCCUGAGUGCUCUGGUGCCUCUGAACCUCUUCACUGAGCUGCUGAUAGAUUUCUACACCAAUAUAUUCAACUCCCGGACAGUGCCUGGGGAGGUCUUACCUUAAUGCUCCCAGAAAGGAGGAUGGACUAAAGCUCCUGUGCCUCAGCUGGUGGGACAUUUAUAUUCAGGGCUCUCUCCUGCGAAGAAAAUUUUCAAUACAGAGUAAAGUUUCUACAUCUUCCUAAAUACCAAAGAUGCUGGGAGAAGUACAAUGCCCUCUGUGUUCUCAACACAUGGGAAGAAUAUGAACAUGAACAUUCAAAGACCAACAGGUCAGAGUGAAUCCCCUUAUUAAACUUGAGCAGCUGGCAAAAACUGCUAAAAAACCCCCAUGACACUACGUGCCAGUCUGUCAUUUCUUGGGGAUCUGGAGACAGUACUAUGUGACAUUAUUUUCUGCAUGGGCAGAGCCAAGUUCUGGACCACUCCUGAAUGUACAUAUUUCUUUUUUUUAAUUAUUAUUUGAAUACAAGUUUGUUAGAAAUUUUCCCGUUAAGUUAAUAAAAAAGGUGGAAUCAGUUUUUAAGAUACAAGCAUUUCUAAACUGUUUUUCCAUAUACUGAAGUGUCUUGUUUCACACACAAAAAAAAGUGUGGGCAAUUGUUGACAAGCACCAUGAAGAAUAAAACGU